GCCAGAUUGUCAAACAGUAAAGUUUCAUUGGAUCCUCCGUGUUAAGUGUCAGCUGAAUACUUAGUAGUAAAAUCAUUGGGCCUUCUGAUCAUUUCGAUUGCAGUGGUGAAUAAAACCUGAAAUAAUAAGGUGGAAAAAACAUCAAACGUUUGAAUUCGGGACUCUGUACAAACGUCUUGAGUCAAAGGAUUUAAAACGGAGACGAAGGAGUUGAAGUCAAGCUCGCGCAUCAGUAUCGAAAGCUGGGACCUCUAAACACGGCAAAAACAGCCUGCAACCAGCUGCUCCUGCCUUCGGGGUGCCUUUACCAUGGUGACACUAAAAUAGUCAAACACUUUUCAGUAAGCCAGAAGGACAAACUUCUUGCAGCUGAGUCGCCUCUCGUUCAGCGCUACCAUCACAAACAUUUCACUCCCAUUACUCGGUGCAGCCAUGCAUCUAGAGGUAAAGGUUGCCCUCAACUUCAUUGUGUCCUACCUGUACAACAAACUGCCUCGCCGUCGAGCCGAUCUGUUUGGCGAGGAGCUGGAGAGGAUACUGGUGUCUCGUUUUGAGGGGCAUUGGUACCCUGAGGCCCCACUCAGGGGUUCUGCCUUCCGCUGCAUCCACCUGGGAGCGCAGAAGGACCCUGUAGUGGAGCUGGCAGCCAAAAGAAGUGGGCUGGACACGGAGGAAGUACGGGCAAACGUUCCUGCAGACCUUAGCGUGUGGAUCGACCCUUAUGAGGUAUCCUACCAGAUUGGAGAGAAAGGGUCAGUCAAGGUGCUUUACCUGGAGGACCCUCCAGGUCUUGGUUGUGACAGUGAGGGGGCUGAGGGGGUAAUUCGAGAUGGCAAAGGAGAUGCAGAGGCUGAAGAGUCCAAGAGCAUGGGCUUUAAUCCAGAUGCUCAAGUGUUUGUGCCAAUUGGAAGCCAAGCAUCUCCUGCCCUCAUGCCGUCUCUCUCCAGCUCUCCCACACCUCUGUCUGCCCAGUCCUGUGCCGGGCUCUUCAGCCACCCCAGUUCCAGCACACCCACAGACCCCAGUGUCCACUCUUCCAACACUUCUACCCCUUCUCCACCCAGCAGCGGGAUGCCCUACCUCUCUGCUCAGCAGCCAUCCUCCACUCUUCCUCCCGCCCGUCCACAGCCCAUCACCUUCACCACCGCCAGCUUUGCAGCGACUAAAUUCGGCUCAACCAAAAUGAAGAAGUGCAGUGGAGCCGGGUCAACCGCCAGUUCUGGUGUUAUUGUACCACCUUCCCAAAGGAUGCUCUCCCGCUCGCCUACCACCAUCUCUGCACCAGAGCUCCUCAAGCACAAGCCCUUGUCCCUCUCUUUGCACUCCCUAGGAGGUCCCAUCCCCAGCCAGCUCUCUCCCAAUGCCAAAGAGUUUGUCUACCCAGGAUCCCCGGGUCCCCUUUACCUCGAUGCAGACACCCAACCCAUGCAGCCUCAUGCCAGCCCUUUCCAACCCCCGCACAGUGUCAGCACCAAUCCAACCUUCGACCCAUUCUCCAGCCCUCCUGCCCAAAGUGUGGGCAUCAUCGGCAGCAACGGAGGAAUCUCUUACAUGGAGAAGCCGCCAUUUGUUGAGGGUUUAGGAAGCUACAACUUGCAAUAUCCCAGCCAGUCCUUCCAGCCUGUCGUGCUGGCUAACUAAUCCUUCAUUUGUAAUAGGAAUUGUUGGAGGAAGAGUUGGAUGUGGGGCAGUGAUACUCCACAUGUUUUCAGUUUUUCUAACAAACUGUCUAAGGCUAAAACAUCUCAAAAAUUUGUUUUACUACAGAGAUAAAAAAAAACAAAAAAAAACUGUCUACUGAUUAUUUCAUGUGACUUGUUUUGUAUCUCUGUAACCCCCACACCCCACCCUUACCAUGUCCAUCGCUGCUCCUUGUCAUCUUCUGUGUCUGCAAUGACAGGAGAGGGCGGGGGUGAGUUUCUCUUUACCGUUACUCCUUGCUAAUUUCAUAUGUUAAUUAUUUUUGCAUUGAAUGUUAAAUGGGAGAUAUUUUGUGUUUUUUGUUUUUUUUUUUUCUUGUACUUUAUUAGCCUGACUCUUGUAUAGCUUCAUUUUGCACUGCACUGUCAUGCUGUGAAAAAGGACUUUGCCAAGUCCUGCAGGGAACGACGGCUGUGGAAAACUCAGCACUUUGCUCUGCAAUCUGCUCUGCCCUACUUGCCACGAAAACAGAGGGAUGGAAAGGGAUGGGCGGGGGGCGGCUCUGCUGUCUCUGCGUGUAGCCCUGCUGUGUUUUGUUGUGGUUCAGCUCGAUCCAGGCACCGGUAGUUUGUGUGGCAGGGCCUAAGACCUUUGAUGUAUAUUGAAAGCUGGUUAUCGGUAGCUGGAAUGUGUACAUGACCGGGGUUUAAAUUAUGUUACAGCAGGGAAGGGGGGCAGAAAGGAAGCUGUGUUUGUGUUUAGAGUGAUGUAGAAUGUAUUGCAGCUGUGAAGGUUGGAGGAAACCUUUUGUGAAUGUGAAAGACAAAUGAAUUCUAAUUUUACACAAUGACCACGUGCUCAUACCUCAAUCGACCGUUCAGGGAAAUUUUUAACACGCCCGCACUAUAUGCAUUAAUGGGCACAUAGAUGCAAUUCCAGUCAGCAGUGUGUGAAGGUGAACAGGCGGAGAGGGAGGGGGGGGGGGGGGGGUGCAGCAGCUAAGCAGUAGGGAUUGUGAUAAAUGGCUUAGCAUGACUUUGACUAUGAAGGAGAGGUUUUUUCUCUGCAUGGAAAGGAGGGGGAGAGAAACUGCUAGAUGAUUCUGUUGCCUCUGCGCCGUCCAGGGUGUAUUGGCUUGAAAGCAGCACUUUAAAACUCAGAGCACGUUUCUAGUGAGCUUAAAUGGUGCUGAAGCCAAAGGCUCACAUUAUUCUCUCCAUCCUCUUGAUAUUCUCCAGCAGUCUCUGUUCCUCCGGCUGUUACAAAGAAGAGAAACAGAAUCAUACAGUUCAGGUUGCUCGGUCUCUUCCCGGCUGCAGCGAUAUAAACAAAGAGGACUGACUGCUUGUCAGAUAUCCGUUUCUAACCAUGUACAUUUAACAGUCGGGUCAUGUGUCAUUGUUGGUCUGUCAUUACAGGGAAGGGUGACCUCCACAUGUCCAGAUGUCCUGCACUUUAUCACUGGGUUCCUGAUUCUGCGUCUCCACGCAGAUCAGCGUUUAACCAUGCUUUCGCCCUCCCUCUGGUUGUUGCACAAUUUAUUCGUUAAUGAAAUGCUUUAGAGAUUAAGAGAGGAGCUAAAUUUGUAUACAACUGCAUCAUGGUGGUCAUGAGAUGUUAUUCUUAGCUGUUUAUUUGAAUAUUUUCCAGGCUUGAAGCUAUACAUUUUGUUUAUUAAAGAAAGACCCACAGCUUGUGGUCACGCAGGUUUUGUAAUGUGACAUAUUUUAUUUCUCAUUUGUCUUUGCAAGGGGGUGCGUGCAGAUGUACACAUCGAGAAAUUAUUUGAUUGCAAGGGGAAGAUUUUUUUUGUUUGUUUUUCUGUUUUGUAUUUUGUUUUUAUUUUCAGUAUUUCUGUUCUUGUUUUUGUAAAUGAUCACUUGUAUUUGUAUGAGUAAGACAUGUGACUCCAGGAACGUGUGUGUGUGUGUGUGUGUGUGUGUGUGUGUGUGU